AUGGCUAGGACAUAUCCAAACGAUGACCUCAUCCAGGAUGACCUGGAUCAGGUUAUCGUGGCUGUUGCCCGGUAUAAGGAGCGGUCAUCGGAAGCCGACAGUUUCGACGCCAAAUAUGACCUGAUGGCGAAAACCGCGCGCCUUUACCAAACCAUUCGCGGACCUGCAGAUAUGGUUUUUGCCAAUUUCGAGAACGCUGCGAAUAUUGGAGCUAUUAGAGCACUUCUUGAAGCUGGCGUCUUUCACGCCAUCCCAACCGGGGGGAAGAGCAUCUCUGCCAAAGAGAUAUCAGAAACGACAAUGGUAGAUAAGGACGUAAUUGUACGACUCAUGCGGGCUGUCACGCCGCUCGGGCCUUUCCGUGAGACUGGGGUGGAGCAAUACGCUCACACCCCAUUUUCGGAAAUGUAUAUGGCCCCUCAAAUGAUGGCGGUCUUUAAGUUGAUGGUUGACGAAUACUUCAACCCUAUGUUGAGAAACCAUGAGUUUCUGCGCCAACAAAAUUGGAAAAACAACUUCCGUCUGCGUAGUAAUCCGUAUACGUUCGCUCAUAAUUGCGAAGGGGAAACCAUGUUCGAACAUAUAGCAAAAUUCCCGGAUCGCUUCACCUGUUUCAACGAAGCCAUGGUGGCACAGGAUUCCGGGCUAAUCGCAAUUGGUCUUUACCCCUUUGCUGAGCAAUUGGGUGACUUGGCCAACGACGAUACGGCUACUAUUGUUGACGUAGGAGGUGGUCGCGGCCACAUUUUACGUCAGAUCAAACAAAGUGCUCCAGAGUUGAAAGGUAGAUUCAUUCUGCAGGAUCAAGCCAGUGUAAUUGCCGAUAAUGGAAUGGAAAAGCAACCACAUGGCAUUGAGACCAUGGCUCAUGAUUUCUUCCACCCACAGCCAGUUAAAGGGGCGCUAGUUUAUUAUAUUCGGCGAUGCCUUCAUGACUGGCCUGACGAGCCAGAGUCAAGACAGAUCUUGGAAAGCUUGGCGGCAGCUAUGGAUCGCGAAAGGUCCAGAAUGCUAAUCACUGAAUAUAUUCUACCCGAUGUGGGCUCCAACAUGUUUCAUGCGUGGAUGGAUCACACAAUGAUGGCAUUCGGUGGACGUGAACGCACGGAAAAGGACUGGGAGCGCCUGCUUGAUAGAUCCGGUCUGAAGCUAGUCAAGGUGUGGAGGGCCCCAGGAAUCCCCGUCGGUGUCAUUGAAGCUCACUUGAAGUGA